CAAACUCUUGCAAAAACGUCAACAAACCGAUCACAUAUUUUUAGAUUAUUGUUGGCUGUUUACUAAAAAAUCACACUCGGAGAAUUUAUUUCGCGAUAUCAUAUAAGAAGAGAGAGUAAUAGGAAGCUAAAGUCAUACGCAAAAUGUCUUUUAAGCCAGAAAUCAGCCCGGCAUCGUUACUAAAUCAGCUAAAUGAUCGACGGGUGACAGAACUUUUGGCAGAGCAUAUCCCAGAGGAUGAAGCAAAACUCUUAAGCAAUGGAAGAUAUACAUGCUUAGUGUGCCAUGACAGACCAGUAGUUGAUACUUUGGCAAUUUUAUCUCAGCAUCGUGUUGGAAAAAAACAUAGAUUCUAUCUUGCUAAGUUCAUGGAGAGGAAGGAAGAGACAGAAAGGCUUAUUUUGAAGCGCAAACAGGAAACUUAUUUGUUAAAUGGGACAACAGAUAGUGGAGACACAUUACAUCCUGAUAGAGUUCUUGGCCAAGCAACUGCUCGAGGCCUGUUAAAGACAUCUUCAACAUAUGAUGGGAAAAGUAAGACAAAAUAUAAACCAUACAGUCGAAAAGUAGUUCUUGAGUUUGACAGACAAGAAAAAAACAGUACAGAAAAGAUGGAUAAUCCAAGAGAACCGGCAAAUCCCAAAACACAAGUCAACAAAUACAUUCGUCAGUCACAAAGAAAAAGAGAUUUCACUGAUGUUGUGGAAGCCAAGAGAAAGUUAACAGUUACUCCCUGUAAUAGUGAUUCCACUUACGCACCUAAACUAGAGACUCCAAAAAAUAUUCAAAGUGACAAACCUGAGACUUCUUCAAAAGUGCUCGAGCCAAAGGAAAUUGACCAGAGAACCAAAUAUUACCAGAAUUUGAGAGCGUCAGGGUGGAAGAAGGAUUUAUUGGGGAAUUGGGUCAGAGAUGAUGAUGCAGAGUUUGACAGUGAUGAAGAACCUCCGGAGGAAUAUGAAGUUAAAGUGAAGUGAAGCAAGGAUAAUAUGCAUUCAUUCAUAACAGGUUUUUCAUUUUCAUAUGACCAGUCCAUCAUAUUUUAUAUUUUAUAUAGAUAUGUGAAAAUAUAAGAAAUCUACCAAGA